AUGGUUGCUAUCGGUGCUACUACCGCCGCCGUCCAAACCCUAGCCCUGAUGCCGCAGCAGGAGGUGCCCGACCAGAUCGCCGCAGGGUGGUUCGCGGUGGAGGCGCCGGAGCGACCGGGGAGCCUCCAGAGGAGCGGCUCCAACAGCCGCCUCAACGCGCAGGCGCCGGAAUUCGUGCCGCGGGUCGCGGCGGUGGUUCCACCGCCACAGCCACCGCCGGCAGUGAUUCGUGUGUUUGCGGUUCCCUCGCCUCCACCUCGCGCGGCUUUCUUUGCGGCUCCCCCGCCUCCCCCGUCGUUCGAGUUCUUCGCGCCGGUGAGGGUUGGCGGUGCAUUUGUGGCCGAGGAGCCAGCUCCGGAGAUGGAGCGCGCGACGCCACCUGUUGCUGAGCCGGCGGUGGACGGGCUUACUGAUGAGGUGGUGCAGAAGAUCACCAAGCAGGUGGAAUACUAUUUCAGUGAUAUAAACCUGGCCACUACGGAACAUCUGAUGAGAUUUAUUAGCAAGGAUCCUCAGGGAUAUGUGCCAAUAUCAGUUAUUGCUGGCUUCAAGAAAAUAAAAGCUUUAGUGCAUAAUAACCCAAUGCUUGCUGCAGCUCUCCGUACCUCGUCAAAACUUGUUGUAAGUGGUGAUGGAAAAAGAGUAAAACGCCGACAUCCAUUUACUGAAUCUGAUAUGCAGGAGUUCCAGUCCCGAAUUGUAGUGGCAGAAAAUCUUCCUGGUGAUCCUUCUUACCAGAAUCUUAUGAAGAUCUUUUCAGCUGUUGGCAGUGUGAGAACAAUUCGUACUUGCUAUCCUCAGACUCCAAAUGGUCCUGGUCCUGCUACUAAUAGAUCUGCCAAGCUAGAUAUGCUGUUUGCCAACAAGCUGCAUGCUUUUGUGGAGUAUGAGACUCAUGAGGAUGCUGAGAAGGCAAUUCUGGAGCUGAAUGAUGAAAGGAACUGGAGAAAUGGGCUUAGAUCACGGCUGCUGAAUACUUGCAUGACAAAGGGUCCAGUAAAAGGGAAAACGGGAGGGCAUGAAGGUGAUGGAAAUGGUGAGGACGACGUCUCCACUUCAAACCAAUCAAACGAGAGACAGCUUGAAGGAUCCUUUCAACUGGCAGAUGUAUUGCCAGAGCACCUGUUUGAUGAGAACAGUGACAAGCAAGGUCCAAAGCAUGGCAAAGGCCGUGGGUGUUGCGGUAAAGGCCGAGGCCGUGGCUACCAUCAACUGAACAACUAUCAUCAUCACAUUCACAAUGGCAGCAACCAUCACCAGGUUAUCAACAGUCGUGGCAGCCAUCCAGUUGGGACACCACCGAACACCCAGCUUAUCAUGGUCGAGCAGCUACUACCUGUGGCAAACAAACAGCCACCUGGCCCACGAAUGCCUGAUGGCACUCGUGGUUUCGCCAUGGGCAGGGGGAAGCCAUCAUCAGCUUCGUGCGCCGUCGAGCUUUAA